CCUUCUAGUAGGAAAAAGGCCCCUAUGACCACCCCUAAAACCCCUAGAACCCCUAUGGGUACUAGGGACCCCAAUUCAUCCCCUUUUAGGAUGUCUGACCUGCCCGAGGAAGACCAGUUUCUCCAGUCUAAAGCCCAGAAAAAGGCAAAAGCCCUAAAUCUAACCUUAAUUAGGGUCCAAAAGGUCUCCAGGGCUAGAGACCUUCUGAAUGAGGUCCUCCUAGAUGAACCUAAUAGGGAAAUUAGAGCUGAAAUCCAGGAGGAAGUCAAAAAGCUUGAUUUUAUCCUCCAAAAUCUAAAGAAGGGAGACCCUAAGGCUAGUCAAGCUCUAUAUAGAGAUAUCUAUAACUGGGCUCAGAAAAUCAGUGAAAAAGGGGUUCAAAUCCACCUAGCUUGGGUCCCUGGUCAUAUAGGUAUAUAUAGGAAUGCUAAAGCUGAUGAAUAUACUAAAUAUAGAGCUAAUUAG